AUGGCAGGAGCUGGCCAGAGCAUGAAGUGGCUACUGUGCUUGAGCCUCACCCUCUUCCUGAUGUUGCAGACAGCCCCAGGUGCCUUGCACAUCAAGGAGCCUUUAGUGGUCACCAAAUAUGGGAUGCUCCAAGGAAAACAGAUGCAUGUGGGGAAGACGACCAUCCACACCUUCCUAGGAGUCCCCUUCUCCAGACCCCCUAUAGGUGACCUCAGGUUUGCUCCCCCAGAACCCCUGGAGCCCUGGAGAGGAAUCAGAGAUGCCACCACCUACCCUCCUGCCACCCCAACUGUCAAGGCCGGGGACCGUGACUAUGAACCUCGCGCGCCCAGCACGGGCGACAGCCAGGCCCGCGGGAACUGGGCGCUGCUGGACCAGGUGGCAGCUCUGCGCUGGGUGCAGGAAAACAUAGCAGUCUUCGGUGGAGACCCAGACUGCGUGACCCUGUUCGGCCAGUCGUCGGGGGCCAUGUGCGUCUCAGGACUGAUGCUCUCACCUUUAGCCAGGGGUGUCUUCCAUCGGGCCAUUUCCCAGAGUGGCACCGCAGCACUCAAAGUCUUCAUCGCUCAUGACCCACUGAAGGUGGCCAAGAAAGUUGCCUGCCUGGCUGGUUGCAACCACAACAAUACACAAAUCCUGGUAGAUUGCCUGAGGGCACUAUCAGGAGCUGAGGUGAUGCAUGUGUCCAAGAAGAUGAGAUUCUUUCAUAUGAACACCCAAGAACACCCUCAAGAGAUUGUAUGGUUCAUGAGCCCCGUGGUGGAUGGUGUGGUGUUCCCAGAUGACCCUGUGGUACUCCUGACGCAGGGGCAGGUUUCACCUGUGCCCUACCUUCUGGGUGUCAACAACCUGGAGUUCAGCUGGGUCUUGCCUUAUCUCAUGAAGUUCCCACUAAACCGGCGCAUGAUGAAAAGAGAAAUUGUCAGCAAGCUGCUCUGGAGUGCCAGCACCCUGUUGAAUAUCACCAAGGAGCAGGUACCACUCGUGUUGGAGGAGUACCUGGGCAACACUGAUGAGCAUGACUGGAAGAUGUUACGAAACCACAUGAUGGACCUAGCUGGAGAUGCCACCUUUGUGUAUUCAACACUGCAGACUGCCCGCUACCACCGAGAUGCUGGCCUCCCUGUCUACCUGUACGAGUUUGAGCACCACACUCGCACUGGCAUAAUUAUCAAACCCCGCACUGAUGGGGCAGACCACGGGGACGAGAUCCACUUCAUCUUCGGGAGCCCCUUCUCCAAAGGCCCUUCCACAGGUGAAGAGAAGGCGCUCAGCCUCCAGAUGAUGAAAUACUGGGCCAACUUUGCCCGCACAGGAAACCCCAAUGGUGGGAAGCUGCCCUGCUGGCCCCGCUAUGACAAAGAUGAAAAGUACCUGCAGCUGGAUUUUACCACCAGGGUGGGUGUGAAGCUCAGGGAGAAGAAGAUGGCUUUUUGGAUGAGUCUGCACCAGCCUCAAAGACCUGAGAAGCACAGGCAGUUCUGA